AUCAUGGACAACGACUGGAGCAGCACGGGCUUCAUACCGUUCCUCGUCGCGCUGAACGCGAACAUGACUGUCCUCGGCCUGACCGGCAACACCGCGGACUCAUGGGCACUACAAUGCACGCUGCACGCGCUCGCAACUCUUGAGCACGGGAACCUGUCGUGCAUCCCCGUCGCUCUCGGCCAGCCGUACCCUUUCAUGAUGACAGAACAACGUUUCGACAUGUGGACGACCCUCUGGGGAACGCUUGACUGGGACGGCGUUUUCUCCCCCGAGAACCUCACGUUCGAGGCUGAAGGAAAUGACCCAACCGGUGGCAGCCCAUACCGCGUCUCCAAGGCUGCCUUCAUCGAAGGCUACCCGAACACGACCUACAUCUCACAAUCCGCGCCCGAGUUCAUGAUUGAGCAAGUGUUCAAGUAUCCAGGGCAGGUCUCCAUCUUCGCCGCAGGUUCGCUCACGAACGUCGCCGCGGCGAUCCGGAUGAACGGCACCUUCGCGGUGACCGCGAAGGAGCUCGUCAUCAUGGGCGGCUACGUCGACCUGAACCUCAUGCAGGUCCAGAGCGCGCUCGGCCAGGACCUCGGCAACGACAUCAACUUCAUCGUCGACCCCGAGGCGGCACACAUCGCCAUUACGGCGGACUGGCCGAGCAUCACAAUCGCGGGUAACAUAGCGAAUACGCAGUACCUGACCGCGGAAAACAUCACGCAGACGACGCUGCAGUCCCCGAACCUAUACUCUGACCUCCUGGAGGUGUACUACACGGGCUUCCCUCUGUGGGACGAGACCGCUGCGAUGAUCAUGGCCUACCCUGACGUUGUAACCACCUCCGAGGAAGUCUACAUGGACGUGUCGACGGCGUACGAUAGCCCUUUCUACGGCGGUACCUACCUCUGGGGCUCCGACUUCGCGCCAAGUCACGCACGGAAGGUGAACUAUGUCACCGGCCUGAAUACGACGGUCUUCUGGGACAAGCUGAUGGAGACGCUGAGCAACCCGAAACAGUGCGUGGACAGCGUUCCGCAGUUCGUGUAGAGUGCGCUAUGCCGUCGCUUGGGUCCAGCUUGAGACAUCUCAUAAUGUCAAUGUCAAAUAAAGAGUCAAUUAGCGACUAUCUGCAAAAACACUAGCUCGGAUAGUACGGGUGCUGUCUAGGGCCAUUGAGCUCCGAAUCUCGUAACGCCCGCUGACAACUACAUCUCCAUUGCAUCGACUGUACAACCCACCAACAUGCCUGUCCGGGAUAUGGCCCUGUGGGGCGUCGAAGCGAUUAGAUACCCGGUCAAUGUCCGAGUCCUAUUCGCUGCUUUCCUUCACACUCUUGUCUUCCACACCU